UUUCAUGGGUUCGUCUCAGCUCAAAGUUUCAUGGCAGCAUUAAUUUGAUCAUGGAAUUUUUAGCAGAUGCAUUUUCGUUCACUUUUCUCUCAGGAGCUCUCUGGUUAAUGUCCGAGAGUACAGGGACUUUUAUGGUUUUUUGCUUUUCCUUUGGCGGCCCGCGUGUCAAGAGCAAAACAUGCUUGACCUUAUCAUUCUCACGCAUCAAAUUGCCGCAAAAUAGAAGAGAUUUGCGGCUCAAACACAUGCUCAAGGAAAUUGCGCAAUUUUGGCAGGCUGGACAAGAAGCAAUUCUAGAAUUCGGAGAACAAAACAUAUGGGCUGCUUAUGAUAUAUUGGAGCUGUUCUGUGGGUUUGUUCUUGCACACGAAUUGCAAUUCUUGAUGGUCAGAAAAACAGUAAUCACAGUUAUACUAUGCUUUGAUUUUAAUCUUAUGCUUGUUCAAUAAUUUCCAAGAGGGAAAUCUUUACAAAAAAAAACAAAUCCAAGAGAAAUGCUGCUUCCCCAACCUAAAGACAUUUUGGUUUUACAUUCUUGCCAACUCUGAUUGUCUCCCUCUGCAUGAGACAACCAUCUUUCAGAACUCACUUGUCCACAAAUGGUUACAGAUGAAGGGGUGAAGCCAAGAAAGUUUAUUUGUCUGAUCAUAUAGAAUGCCUAUGUAAUGAUUUCAAUGUAGAAAUAACAAGCUUAAUAAAUCUGCCACCUAAGAACCAUCCAUGCCUUGAACAAAAUUAAUGGAUCUAAGUUGCAUCAUGAUGCUUGCCUUGCUGAUGCCUAUUAUAUGUUAAAUUUAGGAUCCAAACUGGCUGAAUAAUCUUUUUAAUUAAUUCAUCAAAGGACAAUCUUCUGGACUUCUUAUCCUGUAUCUAGCUAUAUGCCAUGGGAGAUACUUAUUUUGUGCUUAUAGCAGGGUAUACUCUUCCAGUGCUUCUUUUGUUCACAUUGGUUGAGGUUGAAUAUUGAUGAUUUUGUGUAAUUAAAAUAUUUUAUUCCUGGCAAUACAGGUUUGUGCACAGAAGAUUGAUAGACCAACAUUUCAUUAAUCAGAGUAUUUGUUUUGUUCUUUGGAUAAGUGAUUGGUUAUUGUCACUGUCUGUACAAAUGACUUUUAAGUGAAUUGCUACCAAGAUAUUUCUGGAUCAUCUAAUUGGUGAUAGAAGAGAGUUCUCCCUCCUUAUUUUAGAAAUCAUACCACAAUUAAGCAUUUAGCUUUAUUCUUCAGUUUAUACUCUUCUUCUUGUUUCUUGAAUCUGUUUCUUCCUUGGUCCUGACCUCUAUUGCUCCUACAUCUGGUAGAUGGUACAUCCCCACAUGCACAGUAUUCUGUUAGAGUUUGUCUCUAACAGAUUAUGAUUUUGGGAAAAAUAGAUUGAGAAAAGAGAAUGAGAGAUGAGAGAGAAGAGGAGAAUACUGUGGUAGGAGAGAGAUAGAGAAGAGAGAUAGAAGGAGAAGAGAAGAGAAUAUACUUGUGGAUCUUCUUGAUUUUCUGAGAAUUUACUUGCCUUCUACUAAUUGUUCUUGCAAUUUUGCCACCUCUACUUCCUGAGAUAGGGAUCGGGCUUCAACAUUCUCACCAUCAACCUAACCUCAUCUUUCAGUCCUCCCAACUGGACAAAAAAUAUCAUUCCCUCAAUUCUGGCAUUAGCCUCUCCAUCCUCACCCUCAAAUCUUCAAAUAUACUUUGAUAAUCUUCCACAAUUCCUUCUUGCCUAAGGAACUUCUUGCCUAAGCUUGUUAAAUUCCUCUACUACAUCUACUUGUUAAAUUCCUCUACUACAUCUUUCAAUCCAGGAUCUCCAAAUCUAUUUGAAAUUGCCUUCUCAAAUUCUUCCUAGAUAUGGGUUCCCCUUUUGUUCCAAUUGUGGAAUCAAGCAUCAACUUUUUCUAUUAAAAAGAGGUUGGCUAUGCUUACUCUCCGUUCAUUAGGCAGUUGAUAGACUUCAAACUAUUUGAUACUUCCAAGUCCCUACUUCUGGUUGAUGCACAUCCCCACAUCCCGAGUCCUGACCCCUUUCGCUCCUACUUGGAGGUCACAAAUUUGAGUCACUGAAAUAGCCUGGAAAGAGUAAGCUGUGGGAAUUCUUGUGUCGAGAUGUUGUAUGUGAUAUCUUUUGCAACUGGAAGAUAUCAGCCAGUUAUAUCAAGCUUGAAGUUCUUUCAAUAGUUUACACUAUUCAAACUUACGUGAAAUAUUAUAUGGUAGAUUAGAUUCAGGAGUAUUAGCAUUUGGCUUGCUAUUGCAUAAUAAAGGUCCUAGGUGGAAAGUUGAUUGUGUUGGGUAUGUUAUGAGCUCCCACCUGGAAACUGACUUAGUUGGUUUCAUCAUACCUUUCUCGGCUAAAAAUGAAACUCUGUCACAAAGCAUUAGUGAGCAUGCGAGUCAUCCAACUCGACCUAUCUUUCAUAUUAUAAUCUUCAAGCUUCUUGAUCUUUACUGACAUGAUGCUCAUUCUGUGGGUUAAGCAUUUAGGCAAAUAGGUUAGUCAGUUAGUCACAUCUUUAAGCUUGGUGAAUAAUUUGUAGACAUUAAUGACACUUCUUUUUUCCUUGAAGCACAUUAGUGAAACUCAAUUGGAUUCUAUUGUUGUCUAUUCAAUGAUUAAGCUGUGAAUUAUGCCCUUAUUAGUUUAUUUAGACUGGAUCAAAGCAAAUUGUGGCUGAAGCUGCCCUUCCUGCCUCCCAUGAAAUGAGCUCCCCUAAAUCCUCACCUUACAAUGGGCAACCCAGGCAAGGAUCUAUCUUCAGCCUCCUAGCCCCAUGAAUAACAUGCUGAUGGUUGAUGCUAACGACAUUGAACUAACAGCCAGGAGCCAUUCUGCAGGCUCAGUUACUAAUGCUAAAAGACAGACAGCAUCACUGUCUUCUGAUGCUUUCUUGAGAGCUUGAGCUGCCAUUCCCUAGCAGAGAGAGCACACUGCACCUGCUCGUGCUGCUGCCGAAAUAGCAAGUGUUGAAUUUGGUUCAUUGAAGCUAGAAAGGAAGUCAUCAUAGUGCUUGGAUAGUUGAUAUUCAACCACGGCUUAUGAUGCUGGUCUGUUGCAAAUCAAAAGAUCACAGGGAACAUGCAGAAUUGAAAACAAAGGAACAAAUAUGUACAUUACAUGACAUGAAAUAUUGUUGGGUGAAAGUUGUACAUGCAUCAAAGUGAAAAACCGUGCGUUGUAUCCAUUCUCAUGGGUUUUUACCGCAAUUAUUUUCUCAUGGUUAAGGAUUGAAAAUUCUCAGUUUCUCAGCAAUAAAUUCGAGGGUUCGUCCUUCGAAUUUUUAAUUGAAAUAGCAUAUCUUUACCCAUGGAUAAAUGAUGGAUGGUUGCAGUUGCUAAUAAUACAUCGAAUGAUCGAGGCUAUGAAACAAAAGUUUCAUCUCCUUCAUUUAUAUAUUA